ACAGACCACUCCCCUUGUGGGCACAAGGAAUCUGAGAUGAGGGUGAACUAGAUUCUGAUGAUCAUCUUGCUGUCACCUGUAUUGACAGGGUAAAAAACUUGAACAUGCCUCGUAGCCCAACAUCAAGUGAAGAUGAAAUGGCACAAAGCUUUUCCGACUAUUCUGUGGAAUCUGAAUCAGACAGUUCCAAAGAAGAAACUAUUUAUGACACAAUUAGAGCAACUGCAGAAAAGCCAAGCAGCAGAAUGGAAGACAGUCAGAGCAACACAUUAGUGAUUCGAAUUAUAAUACCUGACCUGCAGCAAACGAAAUGCAUUAGAUUUAACCCAGAAGCGUCAGUGUGGGUUGCAAAGCAGCGGAUUUUGUGCACUUUGAAUCAGAGUUUGAAAGAUGUCCUGAAUUAUGGACUGUUCCAGCCUGCAAGCAAUGGUAGAGAUGGGAAGUUUUUGGAUGAGGAACGACUCCUGAGGGAAUACCCACAGCCGGUGAACAAGGGAGUUCCUUCACUUGAGUUUCGAUACAAGAAAAGAGUGUACAAGCAGUUCAACUUGGAUGAAAAGCAGCUGGCCAAGCUCCAUACCAAGGCUAAUUUGAGAAAAUUCAUGGAUCACGUCCACCAUCUCUCUGUGGAAAAAGUGACCAAGAUGUUGGACCGAGGACUGGACCCCAACUAUCAUGAUCUGGAAAGUGGAGAAACACCCCUAACUUUGGCAGCUCAGCUUGACAAUACAGUAGAAGUGAUAAAAGCUCUGAAAAAUGGAGGAGCACAUUUAGACUUCAGAGCCAAAGAUGGAAUGACAGCUCUGCACAAAGCAGCCAGGGCCAAGAACCAAGUAGCCCUCAAGACCCUUUUAGAGCUGGGAGCAUCUCCCAACUACAAGGACAGCUGUGGCCUGACCCCGCUGUACCACACGGCUGUCGUGGGAGGGGAUCCCUACUGCUGUGAGCUCUUACUCCAUGAACAUGCCACAGUGAGCUGCAAAGAUGAAAAUGGAUGGCAAGAAAUCCAUCAGGCUUGCAGGUAUGGACAUGUCCAACACCUGGAGCACCUCCUCUUCUAUGGCGCCGACAUGUGUGCCCAGAACGCCUCAGGAAACACGGCCCUGCACAUCUGUGCCCUCUAUAACCAGGAGAGCUGUGCAAGAGUCCUGCUGUUCCGGGGAGCCAACAAGGAGAUUAAGAAUUACAACAGCCAGUCUCCAUUUCAGGUGGCUAUAAUAGCUGGAAAUUUUGAGCUUGCUGAAUAUAUCAAGAAUCACAGGGAAGCUGAUAUUGUGCCCUUUAGGGAGGCUCCCACCUAUUCCAACAGAAGGCGGAGACCUCCGAACACCUUGGCAGCCCCUCGGAUCUUGCUCCGCUCCAACAGCGACAACAACCUGAACAUCAACAACCUUCCUGAGUGGUCAGCAUCCUCCUCUGCCUCUUCACACCGCAGCCUUUCACCUCAUCUGCUUCAACAGAUGCAGAAUAAUCCCAAUGGAACUGUAAAAACCGUGGGGAGUUACACUCCGUCCUCCCGGAGCCGGUCACCAUCCCUGAACAGGCUGGGAGACGAUGCCAAGCGGCAGCAGCACAGGCACAUCAGUGCCGUUUACAGUCCUAGUGCCAACAAGGAUACACUGUCUGCCUUGGAUUAUCAGGGUCCCAAACGGAAGCUUUACAGUGCUGUUCCUGGAAGACUUUUUAUUGUAGUAAAGCCAUAUCAACCUCAAGGGGAAGGGGAAAUUCACCUGCACAAAGGAGACAGAGUCAAAGUUCUAAGCAUUGGAGAAGGUGGAUUCUGGGAAGGCAGCACCCGGGGACAUAUUGGCUGGUUUCCUGCAGAAUGUGUUGAAGAAGUUCAGUGCAAACCCAAUGAAAGCAAAGCAGAAACACGAACAGAUAGAACAAAGAAGCUGUUUAGACACUACACAGUUGGAUCCUAUGACAGCUUUGAUGCUUCAAGUGACUGCAUAAUAGAAGAAAAGGCAGUGGUCCUGCAGAAAAAAGACAAUGAAGGAUUUGGAUUUGUGCUCAGAGGGGCAAAAGCUGACACACCAAUUGAAGAAUUCACCCCAACUCCAGCCUUUCCUGCUUUGCAGUACUUGGAAUCUGUGGAUGAAGGGGGAGUAGCAUGGCAAGCUGGCCUGAGAACUGGAGACUUUUUGAUCGAGGUUAAUAAUGAGAAUGUAGUGAAAGUUGGCCACAGGCAGGUGGUGAACAUGAUUCGGCAAGGGGGCAAUCACCUCGUUCUUAAGGUUGUCACAGUAACCAGGAAUCUUGAUCCAGAUGACACAGCUAGAAAGAAAGCCCCACCACCUCCUAAGCGAGCUCCAACCACUGCACUGACCCUGCGGUCUAAGUCAAUGACCUCAGAGCUUGAAGAGCUUGUGGAUAAAGCUUCAGUACGGAAGAAGAAGGAUAUUCUCCCUUCACAUUUUGAAGGUUUGAAGAAGAGGAUUGUUUUUCGAGUCACACUAAAUAAGGUGGAUGAAAUAGUACCAGUUUCCAAGCCAUCAAGAAUUGCAGACAAUGCAGCUGUGGACUCGAGAGUGGCAACGAUAAAACAGAGGCCUUCUAGUAGAUGUUUUCCCUCAGCUACAGAUAUGAAUUCCAUGUAUGAGAGACAGGGUAUUGCCGUGAUGACGCCCACUGUACCAGGGAGUCCUCAAGGUCCGUUUCUGGGUAUACCUCGGGGUACAAUGAGGAGACAAAAAUCUAUAGGAAUAACAGAGGAAGAACGACAGUUUCUGGCUCCUCCUAUGCUGAAGUUUACCAGAAGUCUCUCAAUGCCUGACACCUCUGAAGAUAUCCCACCACCACCACAGUCCUUACCUCCUUCACCACCGCCACCUUCUCCCUCUCUGUACAACUCCCCCAAAUCCCUGACAACAAGGAGCUAUGGAACUAUUAAACCUCCAUUUAACCAGAAUUCAGGUGCAAAAAUUUCCUUGGUUAGGCCUGAGAGCGUGGGAACAAUGAUAAGGGACAAAGGGAUCUAUUACAGACGAGAGCUGGACCGAUACUCUCUGGACUCAGAAGACCUGUACAGUCGAAGUGCUGCAUCUCAGGCAAAUUUCAGGAACAAGAGGGGUCAGAUGCCAGAAAAUCCAUAUUCUGAGGUUGGGAAGAUUGCAAGCAAAGCAGUUUACGUGCCGGCCAAACCAGCGAGGCGGAAGGGGAUGCUGGUGAAACAAUCCAACGUUGAGGACAGUCCAGAAAAGACCUGCUCUAUUCCAAUCCCAACAAUCAUUGUGAAAGAGCCAUCCACCAGCAGCAGUGGGAAAAGCAGCCAAGGGAGCAGCAUGGAGAUCGAUCCUCAGUCUUCAGAGCAACCGGGGCAGCUCCGGCCCGAUGACAGCUUGGGUGUCAGCAGUCCGUUCGCAGCAGCCAUUGCAGGGGCAGUGAGGGACAGGGAAAAGAGGCUGGAAGCAAGGAGGAAUUCUCCAGCCUUCCUUUCCACAGACCUGGGAGAUGAGGAUGUUGGGCUAACCCCGCCAACACCACGCAUGAGGCAAUCUAAGUUCACCGAUGAAGCAAUGUUCAGUAGCGAGGAUGGUUUCAGACAGCUCAUGUCGCCAUCGCCUAUUCCUGCACCCAGAGAGCCUGAAAGUCUCUUUAAUAGCAGUGAGCCCAGCAAUCAGAGUGACUCAAGGACAUUAAAUGUUUCGUCCAAAAUAAAAGGUACUGACAAUAGUGCAGUGGCAGCCAAGUCCACGAACGCAUCCAGCCCGGAGAGUUACGUGCACCCGGUCACAGGGAAGCUGUUGGAUCCAAACUCACCACUAGCCCUCGCGCUCUCUGCCAGGGACAGAGCCAUGAAAGAACAAACACAGCAGAUUCCAGGCAAAGGAGAUGCUGUCAAAACAGACCUUAACAAACCGCUUUACAUUGAUACAAAGCUGAGACCCAACAUGGAAACAACUUUUCCUGUUACUGCCACUGUCACGAGGCAAAACACCCGUGGCUUGUUGAGACGGCAGGAGACUGAGAACAAGUAUGAAACAGAUGCAGGGAAAGAAAAGAAAGCUGAGGAGAAGAAGAACAUGUUGAUAAACAUUGUGGAUACCUCACAGCAGAAGUCAGCUGGCUUGUUGAUGGUUCAUACUGUGGACACAGUGAAGUCAGACGAUAUGGCUGAAGAUGAGGAGGAAAAGGAAGCUGAGAUGGAGCCAAGUCCUGAAAACUCCCCGCCAGAGAGGGUAGAGGGGAGCAAGGAAGUGGAAGAAAGUGAGCUGAACACACCUGCUGCACCUGAGCCACCGGCAUCUCCCUGCAAAACCAUCGUGGCAGCAAGCUCUGUCGACGACCCCGUCAUCCUGCCCUUCCGCAUCCCCCCACCACCCUUGGCAUCGGUGGAUAUUGAUGAAGAGUUUAUGUUCACUGAGCCAUUGCCCCCUCCCUUGGAGUUUGCCAACAGCUUUGAUAUCCCCGACGACCGCACGGCUCCCGGGUCGGCUCUGACAGACCUGAUCACGCAGAGGAAGAAUGGCACACCCUUCCCCCCCAGCCAGCCAACAAAUUCCCUAGACAGCAAAAAGCAAGUGGGUCUUUCAAACUGUUUGCCUGCCUCCUUUCUGCCACCCCCUGACAGCUUUGAUAACAUCACUGACUCUGGGAUUGAGGAGGUAGACAGCCGAAGUAGUAGUGACCAUCACUUAGAGACAACCAGCACUAUCUCAACGGUGUCCAGCAUCUCUACCUUAUCCUCAGAAGGGGGGGAGAAUGUGGAUACUUGUACAGUCUAUGCAGAUGGGCAAACAUUUCUGGUGGACAAACCCCCAGUACCUCCUAAGCCAAAAAUGAAGCCCAUAAUCAACAAAAGCAAUGCACUUUACAAGGACGCGCUGAUCGAGGAGACUGUGGACAGCUUUGUGAUCCCUCCUCCCGCUCCGCCCCCGCCUCCCAUCAGUGCCCAGCCCAACAUGGCUAAAGUUGUUCCCCAAAGGACAUCCAAGCUAUGGGGGGAUGUGCCGGAGGUGAAAAGCCCGAUUCUCUCAGGCCCCAAGGCUAAUGUUAUAAGUGAAUUGAACUCAAUACUCCAGCAAAUGAACAGAGAGAAAUCCUCAAAGCCAGGGGAGGGAUUGGAGUCACCGACUGGAACAAAGACUGCAAGUCUCAGUACAAGGAGCACGGAAGUCAUGAGUACUGUCUCAGGUACACGAAGUACAACAAUCACUUUCACUGUCCGACCCGGAGCCAGCCAGCCGAUCACACUGCAGAGCAGGUCCCCAGACUAUGACAGUAGGACCUCAGGAGCAAGACAUGCUCCAAGCCCUGUGGUUUCACCAACAGAGAUUAAUAAAGACAUCAUACCUGCCUCUCUGACUGCUUCUGCUUCAGCUUCAUCUCCUUCUCCAACUCUGUCUGAUGUAUUUAGCCUACCUAGCCAGCCCCCUUCUGGGGACUUAUUUGGCUUGACCACAGGGCGCAGCAGGUCUCCUUCUCCCUCAAUAUUACAACAGCCAAUCUCAAAUAAGCCUUUUACAACUAAGCCUGUCCACCUGUGGACUAAACCAGAUGUGGCAGAUUGGUUGGAAAGUUUAAACUUAGGUGAACAUAAAGAAACAUUCAUGGACAAUGAAAUAGAUGGCACACAUUUACCAAAUCUACAGAAGGAAGAUCUGAUAGACCUUGGAGUGACUAGAGUUGGGCACAGAAUGAAUAUAGAAAGAGCUUUGAAGCAGCUGCUGGACAGAUAAGAAUAGCUAUUUUGCCUCACAAACUUCUGUUGAUAACUAGAGAUGGGCUGGUACUGACAUACCCCAAAUGCCUUGUGUGUCUGCGAGUGCCAGCAAAAUUGGGGGAUGGGGAAGGGAAAAACAGUUGAAUUCCUGGUACUCAGGUGAUGCAGACUGUAUGCUACAUGCCCAAACACAAAUCUAAAGAUGUUAAAGUAAGUGGGGCCAUUUUAUUUCAAAGUUGUGGGGAGAUAUGAGAGAGAGACAAUUGUUAACUUCAAAAAUACUAUCUCUUGAUGCCCUUUGCUGGGAUCGUGAUGUACUGCUUUUCCUUCCGUUUCAAAUUGCAAACAUUUCAGGGCUUUUUUUAUUGAGAAAAAGAAAAAAUAAUUGAAUUUUAUUUUUUUCUCUUCUUGACCUUCAGUCUCCGAGCAGGCUUCCUUCCCCAACUCUUGGCUCAUUUUAAGAGUACAGGUUGCUUCAUUACCAUUCAAACCCAUUUUUUUUUAGGAGCAGAGGCAUGAUAUUGAGAUGGGUACAGGAGUUCAUGUUACUCUUUUUUAUUGGUUUAGCUCUCUGAUUUAUUGGCAGUGAAGCUGGUUGUUCUGCUGGAAGUAGUUCAAAGGUAACCUUGCUCUGUUUUACCUGGUAUUUCUUUAUUUCUGGAGUUAUAUUUAGCACUCUUCCAAGGUGGCAGAACAAGUUCAAUAUACGCUCCAUUGACUUGACCUGUAAGAUAAUGCAGAUGUUGCAUAAAACCCAAGGAGGGAUGCACACUUAGAGGUACAACAAAAUGAAGCUAGUUUGAACCUGAGAUCCCCAGUUUUCAACCAGCUAAACCACUGCUAAUUCACAAUGUGAACUCCACAAGCCGGGAAAAAUUUUGGGUCAUGUGCAGAUGCAUCUUUUGGACUCAACAGUCGGACACUCAAAUAUGCUGGGCCCUGAGAGGUGCUGUUUAAUUCAGUGAGUGGUAAGUGCUUAGUUAUUUUCAACAUCAGGCCAAAAAAGAAGGAAAAAGGCAGAUGAAUGCUCCCAUUGAAGUCAGUGGGAAGGGUGCCAGGAUUUUAGGAUUUCAGCCUGUUAGAAAUGGAAAUGUUUCAGCUUGUUUAAAAAAAAAAAAAAAAAAGACAAAAAGGUGACACCAAGAUGGAAAGAGCUGUAGAGUGUCUCAGGAUGCAUGUAUUCCAAGAGCCCAAGAGGUUUGGGGAGGGCUCCAGUGUCUCAUUUUAUCACUGUUAACAGGUAUUGGCUUCUUGACAGGCACAGGCUGGGUGCUGGGGGGAGGUGGAUGCUGCUCAUCCUUUCUUUGGCAGGACAGAUGUGUUUACCCUGCCAGAAACCAGGGCUGGGUUCUGGGGGCAGAGAGAGCUUUCCAGGAGACUUCAGUCAGCAGGGGAGAAACACCCACAUUUGGUUCACAUGACUUUUAAAAAAAAUUUCUUUUUUAUUUUUUUGACAUAAAUUUUAAAGUUAACAAGUCUCUCUCUACAUGUUUGGACUCCCCUUGUAAUUAACACCUCUGAAUAUCUGUGAGUUUUGUAGGUCUUUAUGGACAGAAUAUUCAAGAUGUUCAAGGUGGGUAAAUUGAGUGUGGAUGGCUAAACUGCCUACCUACCAUACUUUCAGGUUCUCUUACAUUUUACAAGGUACCUGACUUUCUUUCCUUGAUAUGGUCCUUGAUAUGGUCCAGCCUAUCUCUAAUUUUUUUAUUGUGAUUAUUUUUUGCUCACAAACAAAUGUCUAAUUAGGUCUGCAACAGCCCUAGUAUGAGUACAUAAAGUUUAGCAUUUUAAAUAUCUUUCUUUACUGCAAGUUUAAAUAGUUGUACAGAUAGUUUAUAAGCACAAUAUUUUAAGAAAAUAAGUGGCUGGUCUACUGGGCAGCCUUUGUGCCACUUCAGUGCUAGGAAGUUAAAAACAAGGAAAAAAAAAAAAAAAAAAAAAAAAAAAACACUUUUUGUGGUUUACUACUAUUUCUGUGGAAUAAUUAUAAAGUCUUGACCUUUUUAAAAUCAACCUCAUUUGGAUGCAUCUGAACCAGCAGAGCUGUGUUAUAUUUUCUAUCUUUGCUAGAACUUCUACAGAGGAGGAUGAAUAUUUCUUCAAAAGUGGUUGUAGUUACCAACACAUUGGAUACUCACAAAAAAAAACUUAUUUAGCCUCCUGCCCCCUUUAUGGAACAACAAAUAUUUUGACCUAACAUCUGUUGCUACUCUAUAUUUGUAUUUGAAAGUUCCAAGGAACCUUGUAAUAAAAAAAAUGAAGUACUAAGUCAUUUUCCUUCCAAGAGUACUGAAUUUUUCCAUAGGUGGUGUAGAAAAUGGCAGUUCCACUCAGAUAGUUGAUGCUGGCAACUUGAGGCCAUCACAUACUUUAAGAAGAGAAAAAAAUGGUAAUUUAGCCAUCUUUGUCUUCCAUUUGGUGAUACAAAAGAAUUCAGUAAAUAAACCACUAAUGCCAUGCUCUUUUUUCUUUUUUUGUUUGUUUGUUUGUUUGUUUUUGGUUUGUUUUGUUUCUUUGGGUAUAGUUGCUAUUACCUCUAUAACAUGUGCCAGAAAUACAUUAAAGAAUAACAGUAGUAAAAGAAAAUGUAGAAGUUGACUUUUAAGCUGCUUUUGAAUCACAACCUUGUUGAAUUUCUGUUGAACAAGUGCUGACACACCUUUUAAAUUCCAGUUGACAUCAUCCCUUUCUUACACAAGUGUGUUUCUUGCUCUCGUGCAUCUUUUCAGGCAAUGAAAGAGUAGGUACAAUGCAAGGAGUAGAACAGAGGUUGAACACGUUAAAGAGCCAACAAAAUAGUUGAUUUUUUACGCUGUGUCUUACAAAAUGAAGGUAAGGAGACCUGAGAGGACCUACUUUCACCACGAAAAUACACCUCUGCCAAGAUGAAUUGGUCUCUAAUUGGGGGAUGGUUUGGCUACAGAAAGCAAUAGUAACAGAUAACGACAUCACCUCUGAGUGUUCUCACCAGUCUGGAAAUGUUGGGGGGGAGGAGAGAAGACCCAUUUCUUUCAUGCUACUCUGAUAGUGAAAAACAAGUCGUUAGAGAUCUAUGAUAUUCUGGGUUUUAGGAUCAACUUUUGUUUAUAUACUGUAAUUUAAAUAAAUUGCAUUUACAUGCCUAGUUUCUGUAAUAUUUGUGUAUACAAUACCAAAAUCCUACAAGAUGUAAAUUGUGUAUAACUGCACAGACUCCUUGCCCUAGGUGUCUGAGAACAUUUUAAGUUUAAUUCAUAUAUUAUAAAAUUACUAGAUGUGACUGUUGAUUUACAGAAUUUACAUAUCACAAAAAGUUAAUUAUUUGUGGUACUUAAGUUAAUAAAAAAAUAGUGAAUUCUUUUUCUUUUUUCUCAGUUCUUAAAAAGCAUUACCCAGUUAAUCUGGCGAUGAUUAUGUGUAUGAGCCACAAAUAUUGAUAAUUUUUCCAUUACAUUUUUUCUUUUCUUUUCUAGAUAUUAAUAUGUUUCUCGCUAUAGUUUGUGUAACAACUUGUGUUCACGUUAUCUAUGUUGCUGUAAUUUUUGUGCUUUAAUUCCUCUUAUUUCAACUGAUUAAAAAAAACAAGCUCCUGUAACUUGCACUUUUCCCCAAUCCUUAAUACUCUUGUAUGGCAACCAAAAUUACUGUAAGAAAUAAAUAUAAUAUUGCACUAAGGUUGUGGUUCUGAUUGCAAACAGAGAACACUGUCUGGAUUUUUAUUAAAAAAAAAAAAGUUGCCAAAAAACUUGCAAUUUGUUUUGAAAACACAUGAAAUGCUUUAAUGAAAUGUAGGUAGAAUUAAUGGAAUGAAUGGAAUUAAUUAUUGUUGGGAAAAAGCAUUUCCUGUUUAUUUCUUCUUUUUGGUUAAAGCAUUUUUUAUGCUGAAUGUUCGUUUACUGAAUUUCAGGUUCGUAAUUGAAGUUUGGAAAGUAAAAAAAAAAAUUUAGGAAGAGAUAGAAAACUUCGUAUCUAUUUGCCUUAAGGUGGAUUUGGAAUAACUAUGGAAUGUUCUUUGUCCUGGCUGAGCAUGGGGGGAGGGAUGCAUGCCCUGAACUCAGUGCUACUGGUCCUAUUCUGUUCUGCAAUUUAAAAAGGCACUGAAAAGUGGGAUUUUUUUUUUUUUCUUCUUUUUUUGAAAAAAAUUUUUUUUGAGGGGAGGAGCUGGAGAUAUUGUAGGACAGAGUAGUUUUCCAGAGGAGAGAAGGGAACAGUGCUCCUUGUGACUUAAAAACUGUACCAGUGGGGUCUGGUUUUACUGUGAAUAAACAAGGCUUCAAAUGGAAAGAAAAAUAAGGAAACAAUUCACAUCUUCGUUUGGCUUAAGUUAAAAAUUUGGUUUUCUGUCUUUAAAUGGUGAUGCAAUGAAGAAUAUUUUUAUUUUUCUUUUCUAAGAUAUUGGAAUAAAUGCCUAGAACUGUUGCCACUUGGUUUCAUAUGUUCCUUAACUACUAUUCUCUUCUCAGAUGUUGUUCUAGUUCAUAAUUUUUGUAGCUACUUCUCUCAUAAUUCUCCAACAACAAAUACUUGGCAGCUUUGUUUUGUUAAAAACACAGAAGAUAAUCAGCCUGUUUGGGUUCUUUUUAUUUAUUUAUUUCAGGUAUUGUGGCAAUCCAGUGCUAAACAUCUUUGUAUCUAAAUAAAGUCAGGUAUUUACAGUGCAAAACG